GCAUGCGCAUUCGCCCUCCCUUCUCCCCCGCGCUGUCUUAUCUCUGGCCAGUCGCGCGUGGGCUGAGGCCCUGGGCGGGCGUUGCGAAGGCUUGUUUGCUCGAGCCGGCUCCCCGCGGCAGUUUGGAGUUCUACUUGGGAGAGGGGUUUGUAGACCCCCUACCUAGGGUGAAUGGGCUGUCGCAUGUGCUGCUAAGGGUAGGCUAGGGAGCACAGGGGCCGGGGCCGCGGCCAUGAACUCACCCGUGGACCCUGGCGCUAGGCAAGCGCUGAAGAAGAAGCCGCCCGAGCGGACCCCCGAGGACCUAAAUACUAUUUAUUCUUAUCUUCAUGGGAUGGAAAUAUUAUCAAACCUCAGAGAACAUCAGCUUAGAUUAAUGUCUGCAAGAGCACGCUAUGAGAGAUACAGUGGCAAUCAAAUUCUAUUUUGUUCAGAAACUAUUGCCAGAUGUUGGUAUAUCCUGCUUUCUGGAUCUGUGCUUAUGAAAGACUCCAUGGUCUUGCCUCCUUGCAGUUUUGGUAAGCAGUUUGGAGGAAAAAGAGGAUGUGAUUGUCUUGUGUUAGAGCCUUCAGAAAUGAUUGUGGUAGAGAAUUCCAAAGAUAAUGAAGAUACUAUUCUACAAAGAGAAAUUCCUGCCAGACAGUCUCGACGGAGGUUUCGGAAAAUUAACCAUAAAGGAGAGCGCCAAACCAUUACUGAUGAUGUGGACAUUAACAGCUAUCUUUCUGCUACAGAAAGUGAGGUAGGAGAUGUAGAUUUAACACGUCUUCCUGAAGGACCUGUUGAUUCUGAAGAUGAAGAAGAAGAAGAUGAAGAGAUUGAUCGAACAGAUCCACUGCAGGGGCGAGAUCUUGUUCGAGAAUGUCUUGAAAAAGAACCUGCAGACAAAACUGAUGAUGACAUUGAACAGUUACUGGAAUUUAUGCACCAGCUCCCUGCUUUUGCAAAUAUGACCAUGUCUGUAAGGAGAGAACUCUGCUCAGUGAUGAUUUUUGAAGUGGUAGAGCAGGCUGGAGCUAUUAUUCUUGAAGAUGGACAAGAGCUUGACUCGUGGUAUGUUAUUUUAAAUGGCACUGUAGAAAUCAGUCAUUCAGAUGGAAAAGUUGAAAAUCUCUUUAUGGGAAAUAGUUUUGGGAUUACUCCCACUCUGGAUAAGCAGUACAUGCGUGGAGUUGUUAGGACUAAAGUAGACGAUUGUCAGUUCGUCUGCAUAGCCCAGCAGGAUUACUGGAGAAUUUUAAAUCAUGUGGAAAAAAAUACCCAUAAAGUUGAAGAAGAGGGAGAAAUUGUUAUGGUGCAUGAGCACCGUGAACUAGAUCGGAGCGGAACUAGGAAAGGACACAUUGUAAUCAAGGCAACACCUGAGCGUCUCAUCAUGCAUUUAAUAGAAGAGCAUUCCAUUGUGGACCCAACUUAUAUAGAAGAUUUUCUGUUAACCUAUAGGACAUUUCUUGAAAGUCCUUUGGAUGUUGGGAUCAAACUAUUGGAAUGGUUUAAAAUUGACAGCUUAAGAGAUAAGGUAACUCGGAUUGUAUUAUUAUGGGUAAAUAAUCAUUUUAAUGAUUUUGAAGGUGAUCCUGCUAUGACUCGAUUUCUGGAAGAAUUUGAAAAAAAUCUGGAAGAUACGAAAAUGAAUGGUCAUCUCCGGUUAUUGAAUAUUGCAUGCGCUGCAAAGGCCAAGUGGAGACAGGUGGUGCUGCAGAAGGCUUCCCGGGAAUCACCUCUGCAUUUCAGCCUUAAUGGGGGAAGUGAGAAGGGAUUUGGUAUUUUUGUCGAAGGAGUAGAACCUGCUAGCAAAGCUGCUGAUGCAGGACUGAAACGUGGUGAUCAGAUAAUGGAAGUAAAUGGACAAAACUUUGAGAAUAUUACAUUUGUGAAGGCACUUGAAAUUUUGAGGAAUAACACUCAUCUUGCACUUACUGUAAAGACCAACAUUUUUGUGUUCAAAGAGUUACUCAGUAGGACCGAACAAGAGAAAUCUGGUGUUCCUCACAUUCCCAAAAUUGCUGAAAAAAAGAGUAAUCGCCAUUCAAUCCAGGAUGUACCAGGAGACAUUGAACAGACAUCACAGGAGAAAGGAAAUAAGAAAGUGAAAGCAAAUACUGUUUCAGGUGGAAGAAACAAAAUCAGGAAAAUUUUGGAUAAAACACGAUUUAGUAUCUUGCCUCCAAAACUAUUUAGUGAUGGUGGCCUGAGCCAGUCACAAGACGACAGCAUUGUGGGAACAAGACACUGUCGACACAGUUUGGCUAUAAUGCCUAUUCCUGGAACACUGUCAUCCAGCAGCCCGGAUCUCCUUCAGCCUACUGCUAGCAUGUUGGAUUUCUCCAAUCCUUCAGAUAUUCCUGAUCAAGUUAUAAGAGUUUUCAAAGCAGAUCAGCAAAGUUGCUACAUUAUCAUCAGUAAAGACACUACAGCUAAAGAAGUUGUUUGUCAUGCUGUUCAUGAAUUUGGUUUGACUGGUGCAUCCGACACAUAUUCUCUCUGUGAAGUUUCUGUCACUCCUGAGGGUGUCAUAAAACAGAGAAGACUUCCAGACCAGUUCUCCAAAUUAGCUGAUAGAAUUCAGCUCAAUGGAAGGUAUUAUUUAAAAAAUAACAUGGAAACAGAAACCUUAUGUUCUGAUGAAGAUGCUCAAGAACUAGUUAAGGAAAGCCAGCUAUCCAUGCUGCAGCUCAGUACUAUUGAGUUGGCCACUCAGCUAUCAAUGAGGGACUUUGAUUUGUUUCGUAAUAUUGAGCCUACUGAAUACAUUGGUGACCUUUUUAAGUUAGAGUCCAAAACAGGAAAUACUCACUUGAAAGAAUUUGAGGACAUUGUAAACCAAGAGACAUUCUGGGUUGCCUCAGAGAUUUUAACUGAAUCAAAUCAGCUUAAACGAAUGAAGAUUAUUAAGCAUUUUAUUAAAAUUGCACUUCAUUGUCGUGAAUGUAAGAACUUCAAUUCCAUGUUUGCAAUAAUAAGUGGCUUGAACCUGGCAUCUGUAGCACGACUCAGAGGUACUUGGGAAAAGUUACCAAGCAAGUAUGAGAAACACCUGCAAGAUCUACAAGACCUUUUUGAUCCAUCUAGAAACAUGGCAAAGUAUAGAAACAUUCUUAGUAGUCAAAGCAUGCAGCCUCCAAUUAUUCCUCUCUUCCCUGUUGUCAAGAAAGAUAUGACAUUUCUACAUGAAGGAAAUGACUCCAAAGUAGACGGUUUAGUAAAUUUUGAGAAGCUAAGAAUGAUUGCCAAGGAAAUCCGUCAAGUUGUUCGAAUGACUUCUGCUAACAUGGACCCAGCUAUGAUGUUCCGACAGAGGAAGAAGAGGUGGCGGAGUCUGGGGUCAUUGAGCCAAGGCAGCACAAGCUCAAACAUGCUAGAUGUUCAAGGAGGUGCUCACAAAAAAAGGGCACGCCGCAGCUCUCUGCUUAAUGCUAAGAAGCUAUAUGAGGAUGCCCAGAUGGCAAGGAAAGUAAAGCAGUAUCUUUCUAGUCUGGAUAUAGAGACAGAUGAGGAGAAGUUCCAGAUGAUGUCAUUGCAGCUGGAGCCUGCAUAUGGUACCUUGACCAAGAAUUUAACUGAGAAAAAAUCAGCCAAAUUAUCAGAAAUGUCUCCAGUGCCUCUGCGGUCAGCUGGCCUGACAGCUAAAGCCCAUUCACAGCAGCCCCACAGAGUGAGCCAGGUGCUGCAGGUGCCAGCUGUUAAUUUGCACCCCAUCAGGAAGAAGGGACAAGCAAAAGACCUUGGCACACUGAGUACAAGUUUACCUCAGAAAGUUUUAGGAGCAACUGAAGAAAUAAGUGGUAAGAAAAAUACAGAAGACACUAUUUCUGUGGCAUCUUCCUUGCAUUCUAGUCCUCCCGCAUCUCCUCAAGGCUCCCCUCGCAAAGGUUAUACACUUAUGCCAUCAGCUAAAUCUGACAACUUAUCUGACUCCAGCCAUAGUGAGAUUUCUUCACGGUCCAGCAUUGUGAGCAAUUGUUCUGUUGACUCCAUGUCUGCGGCUCUGCAGGAUGAACGGUGUUCUUCCCAGGCUGUCGCGGUCCCUGAAUCCACUGGGACAGUGGAAAAGACAGAGCACUCUUCGGGGACAGGAGACCAUAGUCAUCUUGGCCCUGGGUGGGUACCAUCAAAGCCAUCUCUAAUCAAGAAUUUAGCUGUCUCAUCUUCUGUGAGCAAUGAAGAGAUCUCUCAUGAGCAUGUCAUUAUAGAAGCAGCCGAUAGUGGUCGUGGAAGUUGGACUUCCUGUUCAAGCAGCUCCCAUGACAACUUCCAAAGCCUUCCAAACCCAAAAGGAUGGGAUUUUUUGAACUCUUACCGACAUACCCAUUUGGAUGGCCCCAUUGCUGAAGUUGAACCAGCUGACUGCGAGCCCUACCCCUGUCCUCAAGGCUGCUCUAGAACCUGUGGUCAGUGUGAAGGAAGCCCAGAGACUAACUUGAUGAGACAGAGUCGGAUCUCUUCCGGUUCUCUUUCUGACACGCACGAACCAAACUAUGGGACGGUUAAGCGGAGGGUAUUGGAGAGUGCCCCAGCUGAGUCAUCUGAGGGCUUAGACCCUAAGGAUGGCUCUGACCCAGUUUAUAAGACUGUUACUUCGAGUACAGAAAAGGGCUUAAUUGUGUACUGUGUCACCUCACCCAAGAAGGAGGAUAGGUAUAGGGAGCCACCUCCUACUCCUCCAGGAUACAUGGGGAUUUCUUUAGCAGACCUAAAGGAAGGAACUCACCUACACCUAAAACCUCCAGAUUAUAGUGUGGCAGUGCAGAGGUCAAAGAUGAUGCAUAGCAGCCUCUCUAGACUGCCUCCAGCUUCUCUCAGUAGCAGUCCCGUGGUCUGUGUUCCAUCGAAGAUUAUAACUCAGCCUCAGAGGCAUAAUUUGCAGCCAUCUCAUCCCAAACUAGCAGACGUGACUGAUGCAGAUAGCGAAGCAGAUGAAAAUGAACAGGUUUCAGCAGUCUAGCCCUUGGAUGACACAUUUGACAUCUACUGAAAGUCAUGGAGGAAGGAGUGGGCAGAACCCCCUCAUGAUUCUGCAGGCCGUUGCCAGCCAACAGCUCGCUGCUGCUGCUGCUAACCCAGAGGUUUCAUUCUCUGUGCUCCAAGCAGUGAGAUAGCCCUGAAUCAUGCUCCCUUCCAUUAAUCCCUGCAGUUUCCUCAGCUGUGGAUGUUGUGCCUGGAUACCACUCUUCCUUUUGCAUACCAGACCUGCCUCGGGGCUACAGUUACUGGAACAGAGUCAAACUCAGAGUCUUCCCCAUGUAUAUCACUAUAGAUUUUUCUUUAACAAGUUAUUUUUAAGAUAGUGGUAGCAGUAUUUCUAAGCCAUAGCUUGGGCUAAUGGACAAGUUCAAAAUGUCUGCCAAUACCAAGGAUAUUCUUGUAUAUUUGAAAAGUAACUUAUUAUUUGAAGUUUCGUGGUUUCGCUUUUAUUUGGGAGCUCUUGUGUAGCUGAUGGUUAUGUUUGAGGCCAUGAAACUGUCUCUGCUCAGACCAAACGGAGGUCAUCUUUACGGGAUGAUAAACUUCACCUGUACAGAAAUGUAACCAUCUGUAGCACCAGUGCUAUGCAGGCUGGUCUGAGUGGAAUGGGAAGCCCUUUGCGGUUGCGGUGUCCGGAAGGAAAAUACUCCCAUCUGCUGGUCCCAAUUAGGAAGGCCAAUGAAGCUACCACAGGGUUUCUUAUCAGUCCUUUGGGAAAGGGUUGAGGCUAAGGUGGGCUGGGUAGCAACCCUAAGUUCCAAAGAAUGAAAUUUUUAUGUUAAAUAACAUGUAUACCAGUUUUUUCUGAAGUGAAAAAUCAUGCUGCAUCUAAUUGUAACUAAAAGUAGAAAUCCAGUAACUAGAUAAUGGGUUCUAGAGAGUUCUGCCCUCUAGAAAUCCAAAACUAAAAUUUUUCUCAACUCAAAUAUGGAGUUUUGUUUUUAAAGGAAGUGCAAUCAUUGGUGGAGUAAUCAUGAGGAUGAACAUAGCUUUAUGCAGUGUCCCCCCCUCCCCAGCAUGGAACUGAUCAUGAUGAACCCUGCAGCUCACAGCUGCCUGCCAGAAAGCUUGUUAGCUCAGCAAAGUAUAUAAUUAGUUGAAAAUUUUGUAGACAAAAGAGGAGCUGGAAUUAUGGAAUUAUAUUAUCUCUCGGUUCUCAGUUUAGCCUUUCAGAGGAAGGAGACAUAUUUUGUAACAGCCUGUUGGGCAUGGCACUCUUAAGUAUUUAAUGAAAAUUUCAGUGACUGUUUAGUGGACAAGCUAGACUUUCCACAUUUUUACAAAUCAAAUAUAAUGUUUUCUAUAUCUUAAGUUUCAAUUUUUUAAAUUUGUUUUUAGUGUAAAGGCAAGUGAGAGCUUAAUAGAUUUCUGUGACUACCAAAAAAAAAAAAAAAAAAAAGCCAGAGCCAUUAAGUGCACUGCCCAGGCCAACUCGGAGCCGGUGGGUUUACUCCUGAGUAGUUAGCUGUCUGUGUUUCAGUUUAUGGGACUCCGCUGGUUCAUGACUUCCGUUUCAAGAGUUUGUUCUCAUUUUUUCCUAGCUAUGUCGUCCCUCUCACUGUCUUCCUGCCUGUUCCCUUCAUUUUAAAAUCAUAAAUCAGUUCCAAGUGGUAAAUGGCAAUAGUCCAUCUUUUCCAUGAAAGUGAUUGUCUCUUUAUUUUAGGAAAAAUAGCAUGUCUGAAAAAAUUCCCUCAGCAAAAAUUUGUUAAUCAGAAACUUAAGCCUUAGAAAUGAACCGCUGUAUGUUAGAGUGAAGCUAGUUGGCUCUAUAGCUUUCUUGGUCCAUUGAAAUGGAAAGUAGCCCAGAUCAAAAAUCGUUGUUUGAAAGUUACACUGUAGUGAUUCGAUCUAUAAACAGCAGUCCUCUGAUCACAGAUUUUUUUCCUUCACUGAUUUACACAAUAUUGUUUUCAUGUCCAAAGCAAAAUAAAGUGAAAUAUAUUUUUGCUAUAACCAUCCUUUUAUCAAGUAUGGAUAUUCUCAUCAUUUUAUAUUCCUUACCCCAGAAAAGUGUGCUGUUUGCAGAGUCCGUUUAUUUAGCAGGUCUUUCAAACCAAAUGGGAGUCUUACCCAUCUUUGUCCUUUGUGUUGAUAAUAUCUUGGGUAAUAUCUUGCACAGAGAGUUGGAGGCUUGUGGUUUUGGAUGUGCACCGUGUAGCUGCCUUUGUUUCAUCUAGCUUGAACUGUGAGUAUUUGGAUCAGCUGAUCACAUUGAUCAGGAACUAAAGCCAAAUGCCUUGUGGUUUGAUAUAUAUGUAUCCCUAAAAAAAUCAUGGAGUUUUAAUUUUUAUACUUUGGGGUACAUUCCUGCCUUCUCUGUCACAUGACUAGAACAAGAGAAGCCUUAACCUGUAUUCGAUCCAAGUCUUUCCCCCCAAUUCUAACUCCCUUUGUUUUUGUUUUUAUUUUAUAAAUGUAUAACUUUAAUAACGAGACUAGCACCCUCAUCCCACCACAACACUGAAUCUGCCAGGACUAUCGAAGCAGUAAAUCCUCCGUGCAAACUUUUGCCAAAUAAGUUUCAACAAAACAAGGUCUUCAUAAUGAAAGAUUUGCAAAAUUAGUAAAUCCAGUAUAUACUUCAAUAAAAGUUUAUUGUAAUUAAUAAAUUCUUACUUCGUACAAAUGAUUACUUUCAAUAUGACCUUUGAGGAGAAAAAACCUUAAAUGGUUUUUCAUGAGGGUGAUAAAUCACAUUUUUGCCGUCUGCACAACCUCCUUGAGAAUCUCUCCAGGCUGGAAAUGUGGCAGUAAUCAUGGAGAUUACCAGAAACCUAAUUUUUAUAAAGUAUUCUCUCCCCUACGAAAACAAGAGGAGAACAAGUUUCCUUAUAUAUUUAAAAUACUGAUUGUUAUUCUGAUAUAUUUUAAGUUUCUAAAAAAUGUGAUGCUAAAGUAGAUGUAACCCUUUAGAAUUACCUUAAAAGCUAGAACAAAGGGAGAAAUCUUCAGAGUGUCACAGGACAUUUUCAAAUUUAAACUUGAACCCCAGUUCAUCUUUAGCUUUUGUUGUGCUUUUUUAAGGCUUUUUUAUUUUUGAUACACAGAAUGCAGUUGUACUUGAUCUUUUAAAAUUGAAACGUGAGCUUAUCAACAAAAGAUAAAAACAAGACUGCACAGUCAUAAUAAUCAAAAAGGAAUUAUACUGCACAAUUCAGUGAUUGUAAAGUAUCCUGUAACAAGCAAUUUUGUCUCCUAUUUUUUGAUACCUCUUAAACUUAUGUCUUUUAGAAAGACAGUGCCUCUGUAUGCUUUUUGUAUUUUUACUGAGUGUAAAUAUUUGUUAUAUUUUUGGUUAAGAGAAUGUAAAAGUACCAUUUAUUAUUAUCAUAUCUACUAAUACAUUGGUGAAAUCAAUAAAGAAUCUACAUUAA